AGCCCACACGAAACCCUAGGCAGGCAGCUCUGAAGCCUUUCGAUUUGACAAUCCAUCCAACCCGUCCUCCUCCGGUCCGGCCUGUUGCCUCUCCACAUCGUCGACGAGAACCGCCGCUCGCCGCUCGCAGCCCGCCGCUCGCCGCCGUUAAGUUCAGGCUCCUACUUUGAUGCGCCUUGGUUGCGUGCGUAUCCACUGACAGUUUCCUCCUAAGGGGAUCUGUUUAUCGCGAUCAGUGCCGAGUUAAGAUCGAGAGGUAGGAGGAGCUUUUGGGGGAGUGGGGAUGGCUUCCGGCGGGAACCCGCAGUUCCGGUACACCCAGCCUCCAUCGAAGGUGAUACACGUGAGGAACCUGCCGUGGGAGUGCACCGACGAGGAGCUGACCGAGCUGGGGAGCCUCUUCGGCAAGGUCGUCAAUACCAAGUGCAACGUCGGCGCCAACAGGAACCAGGCGUUCAUCGAAUUCGCUGACCAAAAUCAGGCAAUUGCUAUGAUAUCAUACUAUGCAUCAUCAGCGGAGCCAGCACAGGUAAGAGGCAAGAAUGUGUACCUUCAGUACUCCAAUAGACAGGAGAUUGUCAACAGCAAGAAUACCGGGGAUGCUGCAGGCAAUGUUUUGCUAGUGACAAUGGAGGGUGUUCUGCCAGAUGCUGUCAGCAUAGAUGUUCUACACUUGGUAUUUUCUGCUUUUGGAUAUGUUCACAAGAUUGCUACCUUUGAAAAGGCAUCUGGUUAUCAGGCGUUGAUACAAUUUUCUGAUGCUGAGACCGCGUCAUCUGCAAAAGCUGCUCUGGAUGGCAGAUGCAUUCCUAGCUACUUGCUUCCAGAACUUGAUGGGUCCUGCACUUUAAGAAUAAAUUAUUCAGCACACUCUGUUCUAAAUGUCAAGUUUCAGAGUCAUAGGAGUAGGGAUUAUACAAACCCAUACCUUCCCCUUGCACCUUCUGCUAUUGAUGGAUCUGGAGUGGCCCAGGAUGGGAAGAAGGAGGAGCCAGAGAGCAAUGUUCUGCUUGCGUCAGUUGAGAAUAUGCAGUAUAUUGUUACAAUUGAUGCUCUUCACGAGGUCUUCUCUGCUUUUGGGUUUGUACAAAAGAUUGCUAUUUUUGAGAAGAACUCUGGCUUCCAUGCACUAAUCCAGUAUCCAGAUAUUCAAACUGCAGUUAAAGCAAGAGAAGCAUUAGAAGGACACAGCAUCUAUGAAGGCGGAUAUUGCAAGCUUCACCUCGCGUUUUCACGCCAUACCGAUCUUAAUGUUAGGAUCAACAAUGAGCGAGGUCGAGAUUACACUGGGGGGAACAGUGCUCCAGCUAACCAUGAACCUUCCAUUCUUGGCCCUCAGCCAAUUGGCUCUACUGCGCCACCAUACAGCAGUGCUCCUUCCGCAGCAGCUGACGUAGUAGCAGCACCAGGGACUACAUCUAUUCUGGCAACACCAGGAGCACCAUCCCUUCCUUCCAGUCAGCCACACCCACAAGCCGCUUCAGGUGGACCUCAACAGUACGCCAGCCAGGGAGUCCUACAAGGCUAUGGAGCCCCAGGGUUCCCGCAAGGCCCAAAUCAAGCUCAAAUGUCACAGCAUUCAGGCCAAGGAAAUCAACAGAUGCCCAACCAUCAAGCGAUGUCGUUCCCUGGCCAUGGAAGGCAGCAGCUACCUCCAGGUCCUCAAAUGAUGCAAGGUCCAGGUUAUAGAGGCCCGCCGUUUCCACAAGGUCAUAUGCAAUCAAUGCCGCAGUUUCCAGUAUAUGGCAAUCAGCAGUUUCCUCCUGGUGCCGGGCCGCAGAUGAUGGGCUUCCCCGGACAGGGAGGAAAUUUAGUUUUUAGAAACCCAAGAUUUCAGCCGCCCUUCUCGAGCAUGUUUUUUGUGUUUGACAACAACAAUGCUUUGAAGGAGGACACGUCCUCCUCGGAGCUUGUGAACACGUGCGAACGCCUCCUACAGCACCUCGGUCGUGACCGCAGCAACAAGUCGUCGCGCACCAUGACGGCGGCCGAGAAGGCGGCUCCAAGGCCGCCCCGCGAGAGCGAUGCAACGACAAGGCGUUCACGGUUGCUCCUCAAAGUGGGGUUGGCUGACUCCGAACGCGCCACCCAUGUCCUUGGCGGCAAGGGCAAGGCGUCCACGGCUGACCAUCAUCGCCAGGACAAGCACCUGCGCCAGGAGGGGAAGGCAUCUGAUCGGCUCCUGCGAGCGCCAGUUUGGCGGCCCAUCAGGACUACCGCAACCCCUACGCUCUCUUCCGUCACUGGAAGACCCACAACGACUCCGACUUUGACACGCAACCCCUACGCUCCCUUCCGUCAUUGGAAGACCCACAACGACCCCGACUUCGACAAUGAUGGAGGGGACGACGACGAAGGUGCAGCUGGCCAAGGCAGCAUACGUACAAGGUCACGUUCGGUACCUCAUGUUUAA